GAAAAUCAAGAUUGUGAGAGAUUUCGCAGAAUCAGCUUCCCAUUCACUCCUUCAUAGACUAGAUAGAGAAACACUUAGAGUAGCAGUUGGCCGCGGAGUUAAUUGAGACAUCUAUAAUUCAGUACGUGUAGCGUCACCACUUGCAAGCGUAUUUUAUUGCAAGAGCCGUCCGCAAUUCCCCACCACAAGCCCAGGUGAAUUAGUCCAUUCUUGUCGUUAUUUUCGCCAGUGACACGCUCGGCUGCGGAUAUAUUCUAGAGAAGUCGUACUAGGGACAAAUAACGACAGAUUCUUCAGCCCCGAUUAGUGCACUUUUGCGUUGGCCGUCCAGUAACGUGGUUCCACCAGAUUGUUCAGAUUACAGCACCUAUAAAGUGCUAACCAUAGACAAGGAAACCCCGGCAACACCUUCAACAAGACUAGAGAGUCAGUUUGCCUUUUCACACUUUUCUCUUGCCAUUCGAGUCUUCCAACUGAACUUUUCACUUUUUGUCUCGCAAUAUUAUCGUUUCCUGUCUGGAACCGUUUUUUCGUCCCCCUCACAAAUUGGAUAGAUAUUUAUCCCGUAUUCUCUUCAUAUAAAAUAGAGUUGCACGAUUUCUUUCCAGACUAGUGCCAGUCCUCGAUGACGUCCAACAACCCCCGCCCGAGUGUCAAGAUGGACGACGACGAGCUAUACAGCGACAUUUUGAACCUAUCUCCAACGUCUAACCUCGAUUUCGACAUGGGCUCUGGAAAUUUCAGAGACAUGAGAGACAAUGGAAACAACAAUAUCCAGAAUAACCACAACAACAAUCGGAACAACAGCACCAAUAGCAACAUCCACAGUGUCAGUGUCAGCUCUGACAACACCAAAAACACCAGCAACAACAUCAAUACAAACAACAUCAACAGUAUCACCGGUAGAACAACUCUCAGCAAUCCAAGCUAUACCUCCAAUGCUGCGAGCCUUUUUGCUCUCAAAGAAGGAGCUCCCAUUCCCGGUUUUGGGCUAGACGACUCGGCAGCCCUCGACUUGAGCUACACCUACGAUAGCUUCUCGUUCAACAGCAGAAAUGAAAACAUCAACAUCUACUUAAAUGACCAGCAACAGCUUCUCCAACAACCGGGAAACAACUCACACAAUCUUUCGCUAUACCAAGAAAAGGACAAAAGCUCCAACAUCAAUACAAACAACAUCGCAAAUAGCAAUAACAACCCCAAUAGUAGAAACAGCAGUACCAAUAUCACCACGCCUGGUUCGAACGGAGACUUUCUUUCACCAACGGGAAAUCUCAAGUACCAGCACAAUGGCAAUAUAAGUUCACAAAACAGUAACACUAUCAGCCACAAUCUGCAGCAGGAACGUAGCGGAUCAGGUUUACUUAAUCCGAAUUCACCGAGUGCUUUUUCUUCACACUCGCUCUAUUCCGAAAACUCGAGCCAGCCAGCCAGUCCAUAUUUGGAUGCGAUGUCUCAACUAAGCAACGUAAACGUAAACGGUCUACAACCUCCAGCCGUAGAAAGAGCUUAUUCUGAUGUAGGAAAAUCCAACACUCCUCAGUUACUCAAUCAGGGUUCUACACAAUAUAUUGAUGCUGACUCUGCCCACAUGUUGAAUACGUUCGAUACUGAAAUCGCCUUGGGAGGCUCAAUUUCCAGCACAAACUUGGCUGGUUUGGAUAGCCCACAAUACGCCCAGAUCAAUGCUGGAUUUCAGCAGCAAAGCUUCGGUGGGUUUUCUAUGAGUAACCAGCCACUUUCUGUAGAUUUCAACUCUCAUAGUUUGAUGGCUACACCUCCUCCAAUGCAACAGAAUUCUUCUGGUGCCAAUCUUCAAACUCAGCAACAACAAUCACAAGUGAUGCAGCAGCAAUACGAUACAAUUAGCACCACUGCCACCAAUAACUCCAAUACGGCUAACCAGUUCAAUUUACUUACAGAAAACAAUCUAAGUAGCUACAACCAGCUUCAGGAUGUAACUUCUACGCAAAUGAGAGACGAUUAUGUCUCCGAGGAUAUCGUGAUAUCAAUCCAGCAGGCGCCAGAGCCGGUAGCUGCAAAAACGCCGUCUUUGUUCAGUAACUCCUCAGCCAAUUCAUCCAUCAACAAUUCACCAAGAGUGGGAAACACCAAUACUGGAGUACCGUUAUCGCGCUCCGCCAGUGGAGGAGGAAUUUAUUCCUCUACUAAUAGCUUGAUACCCAAUUCACAAUUGUUGUCAUCUCAAGACCAUGAUAACGGUGUUUCGUUGUUGAAGCCAGACGAGUACCAAGCAAUGAAGAGAGGAAGAAGAAAGAGUCAUUCAAGCAAGUCUUCAACUUCUAAGUCCAGAUCACGUUCUCGUUCAGUUUCCAGAACUAGAAGUGGAGGUGAGGAAGACUAUGAUGAAGACGAAUACGAUGAUGAAGAUGAUGAUGAAAAGGAUUCCAGGUUAGUAAUAUCUUCAAGAGAAAAAAUGUUGGAGCUAGCCUCACCGAAUCAAUCAUCCAAAAGAACUCAAAAACAUCCCAGCGUGUAUGCUUGUCAUUUGUGUGACAAACGAUUCACCAGGCCAUACAACUUGAAAUCGCAUUUGAGGACACAUACAGAUGAAAGACCGUUUAUAUGUAAUGUCUGUGGUAAGGCUUUUGCCAGACAACAUGACAGAAAGAGACACGAAGACUUACAUACAGGUGAAAAGAAGUUCCAAUGUAAAGGGUUUUUGAAGAGCGGAAAGCCUUAUGGAUGUGGCCGGAAGUUUGCUCGUGCUGAUGCGUUGAGACGCCAUUUCCAGACAGAGGCAGGCAAGGAAUGUAUAAGACUAUUGAUAGAAGAGGAGGAACGGGAGCGGUUGAAGAACGGAGACACAUCCACAGUGCACGACUCCAUCGACAGUAUUAUAGCGUCGUCGACGGGAGAGCCAAGGGCCGAAUAUAUGGGCUCGUAUGGGCCCGGAUCCAUCUCCACGGAGCAUUCCAUUCCUCUGGUGGCAAUAUCACCGCCAGAAUAG